AUGUGUCCAGACUGCAGCGGUGCUGGUGAGUGGUACAGCAAGACUUAGCUUGGUUAGGUAAUUAGAAACGGCAACUCACAUAGACUGAAAUUAAAUACCAGACAUACUUUGACUAAGACUGCCUUUACAGCACUGGAAAAUCACUUUUAAUUUGAAAGAUCUCUGAAUUGAGGAGCUACUCCUUCGACUAAAGAACACUCACCACUUACCAGAGAUAAAGGACAUACAUUGCAAUACAUUUUUCUUUUUUAAUCUUUUUUUUUUUUUUUUUUCAUUUUUACAACUCUUGAGUGCAAUUUCCAUUGCAGAAGAUGUGUUCCACUAUGUGUUCGAUCGUUUUACUCCUGUGCGUCAUGAACGCGGCACUUUCCACUCCGUUUGAAUCAGAGGAUAUUGUACCUGUUCGGAUAAAUGGAAGAAUAAGCGGUCGCUUUUGGAAAAGAAGCGAGGAACAGCCGAGAUUUAUCCUCAGUGCAUUUGGCAAGGACUUGACUCUGAAUCUUAUUCCAGAUACCAGCUUUAUCGCGCCAUCCUUCAAAAUACAGCGCAUCAAAGCCAGAGAUGUUGGCGCUUUACGCAGCGCUUCAGGUGUCCAACCUGCCGCGGAUCUCCAGAAUUUUAUGAACCAGACGGAGGAGAGUGAAGGACAGCUUAGGAGCUGUUUUUACUCGGGGAACGUAGAUCAUGACCAAAACUCGGUUGUAUCUGUCAGUUUGUGCUACGGUAUAUUUGGCUCCUUCAUCACAGAGGGGAAAGAGUAUUCAAUUGAGCCCAAGCUUCGCGACGGCCUGGGGCCGGCCUCUGCAGAGCAGCUGCAUGUCAUCAAGAGAAGGACAUUCACCAAAAGCCACGGUGUUCCCCUCCUGUUUGAUCACGCGGCGGCGGAGAGCCGAGCGGAGAAGCACAAUGGGGAAAGUUUUACGCACAGCGACAGUGACGCACAGAGGGAACCUCGCCGUAGACGCUUUGUUUCCGCGCCACGGUUCAUAGAGACCCUGGUGGUAGCAGACUCAACAAUGACCCACUUCUAUGGAGACGAAAUAAAGCACUACAUUCUGACCCUGAUGUCGAUAGCCGCCCAGCUUUACAAGCACCCCAGCAUAAAGAACUCAGUUAACAUGGUGCUGGUUAAGAUGUUGGUGGUGGAGGACGACGAGGUCGGCCCGGAGGUCUCCAGCAAUGGAGGUGUGGCUCUGAGGAACUUCUGCUCGUGGCAGCAGCUCUUCAACCCUCCAAGCCAAAGGCAUCCAGAGCACUAUGACACUGCCAUGCUCUUCACCAGAGAGGAUAUCUGUGGACAGAAGAGCUGCGACACGUUGGGUGUGGCCGAUGUUGGGACGAUGUGCGAUCCCAAGAGAAGCUGCUCCGUCAUCGAGGACAACGGCCUGCAAGCUGCCUUCACAGCUGCACAUGAGCUCGGUCACGUGUUGAGUAUGCCUCAUGACGACUUCAAGACCUGUGAGAGGCUGUUUGGAGAUCUGGGAGGACAUUACCUGAUGGCUCCUCUCUUUGUCAGUCUCAACAAGACUGCGCCUUGGUCUCCCUGCAGCGCUCUCUACAUCACAGAGUUCUUUGACAAUGGACAUGGGGACUGCCUGCUGGAUGUCCCAGAAAGUACCAUACCGUUACCAAGAGAGCUGCCAGGCACCAAGUACAGCCUGGACCAACAGUGCCAGCAGAUUUUUGGAGAGGAGUUUGUCCACUGCCCCAACACCUCAGACAGUGAUAUUUGCAGCCAGCUGUGGUGUCAAGAGGACGGUACGCCACAGUGCUCCACCAAGAACGGUAGCUUGCCCUGGGCUGACGGCACCCCCUGUAGCCUCAACGGGACCUGCCUCCACGGAGCGUGCAUGUCGACCCAGGAGGUGAAGCAGCCGCUGGUGGUUGUGGAUGGUGACUGGAGCUUAUGGGGACCGUGGCAGCAGUGCUCCAGAACAUGUGGAGGCGGGGUGGAGUUCUCCUAUAGGGAGUGCACUGACCCUGUGCCUCAGAACGGAGGGAAGUACUGUGAGGGACAGAGAGUUCAGUAUCAGUCCUGCAACACACAACCCUGUGACAACAACGAAGGAAAGAGUUUUAGAGAGGAACAGUGUGAGAAGUACAACAGCCCUAACUACCUUGACUACAAUGGGAAUAUGAAACAGUGGAUACCAAAGUAUGCUGGUGUUUCUCCCAGAGACAGAUGCAAGCUGUUCUGCAGGGCCCGGGGCAGUAGUGAAUUUAAGGUGUUUGAAUCCAAGGUGAUUGACGGGACGACCUGUGGCCCUGACACCACAUCUGUGUGUGUCCAAGGCCAGUGCGUGAAGGCAGGCUGUGACCAGGUAAUUGGAUCCAACAAGAGAGUGGAUAAGUGUGGAGUGUGUGGAGGAAAUGGGCUCACCUGUAGAAAGAUCACAGGCUCCUACAACAAAGCAACCUAUGGAUAUAGUGACAUUGUUACAAUUCCUGUUGGUGCUACUAACAUUGAUAUCAAACAGCGGAGCCACAGAGGAAUCAAACAUGAUGGGAACUACCUGGCUAUAAUGAGAGAGAGUGGUGGUUACAUCCUCAACGGUAACUUCUCUGUAUCCACGGUGGAGCAGGACAUUCCCGUGCUCGGUGCUGUGUUAAAGUACAGUGGCUCCUCAACCACACUGGAGAGGAUCCAGAGCUUCAUGCAGCUAAAGGAGGCCAUCACCAUCCAACUCCUGGCCACUGCAGGGGACGCCAACCCUCCCAAGGUCAAAUAUACCUUUUUCAUCCCUAGAGAUGUGACCUUCAACAAAUCCAAAGAGAAGAAGGGCUCGUCACCAUCUUUGCAUAUGAUCCAUCCAUUCGGCGUGCCUGACUGGAUGCUGGGGGAGUGGUCUGAGUGCUCCAAGAGCUGCGGUUCAGGAUGGUCCAGGAGGAACGUUGAAUGCAGAGACAGCGCGGGCUUCCUCUCCACCAUGUGCGACAAAGACCUGAAGCCAAUAGAUAUCAGGCCUUGUGGGGAUCUGCCAUGCCCCAUAUGGCAGAUGGGACCUUGGUCCACCUGCUCACGAACUUGUGGCCAGGGGGAGCGCCGCCGCAGAGUCUUCUGCAUAGACUACACUGGAAAGACUGUUGAGCCAGAGAAGUGCGAUCCGUAUAAAAUCCCAGAGCCACUCUCUGGAGAAUGUCUCAACCAAGAGUGCUUAUGAGGAACAUGAGUACAGUGAAUUUUCCCUUUUUGGUCUGACCGCACUCACCAACCAUGGAUGGAUUACUGAAUGGGCACACCAGGCACAGACCCAGGGGCCCAAGGGGUCAGGGGGCAGAGACACAAAACGACCACAAAAAGACACAAAACAAUCAUAAAGAGACACGAAACAAUUACAAAGUGACACACAAUUAUCAUAAAGACACAAAGCUAAGUGACAACAUAGCAACAACAAAGAGACACAAAAUGACAACAAAACACACUAAACAAUCACAAAGAGACAAGAAACAACUGAAAAGACACACACAAUUACCAUAGAGACACAAAGAGACAACAAAGCAACAACAAAGAGACACAAAAUGACCAACAAAUAUGCAAAACAACAACAAAGACACUCUGAGAUUCUGAGAGUUCUGUUUGAACUGCAAAUCUAAUCUAAUCUAAUCUAAAAUGCGGUUCGACUGUUUCACAUUGUUUGUAGUCGUUAUGUGCAUCUCUCAGUUUGGGGGUCUUGCUUCUAUGUAGGAUAGGGGGUGGGGGCUUUUACAUGUCUGUGCCCAGGGGCCCAUUGCCUCAUAAUCUGUCCAUGUCACCAAAUGGUUAUGUCACGUCACAUCAAGGGCUUUUGUCGGAAUAUUGUUUUGUUAUCUUUUGUUGACAUUUGACAACCACUAUUGAGAUUUGAAACAAUGGAAAUCUACCUCAAGAUGUACAUGUGAUGCUAUGUAUAGAUGCUAGAUGAAGGUGUUGUGUUUGUGUGUGUUUUCUCAAGAAAGAGAGGUUUUUAGUCCCACUCUAAACAGAAAGUAACUUUUUAGAUUAAGGCUGGUAUAAGCUGUCAUUUAAAGUGGGGCUAGAACAGUGGCAUGAAAUCUGCUGUCAAACACCGGCACAGUGUAAAUAUACCUCCAACUGUCUUCCACAGAACUCAAACCCCUAAAACUUUGAGCAAACAAUUAAUUAACCUAUUAUUGAGGUAGGUACGUACGAUUGAUGCAUCAGGAUUUUAAGCCUCUGGGAAAUGUGCUCCUGUUGGAUUGCUUCUCUUUCUACACACAUACCAAAUGUGAUUUGUGUUAAAUGAUUGGGAUGAAGAUGUCACUGGCAUUGUUGAACUAUGGGGAAACCAUUCAGUGACACUAAAUAUGACAAUAUUUUGUACUCGUGCUAGUUAGAGCUUACAUCAGAACAGAUUGUUUCAAUGCCGAACCAGACAUGUAGAAUUCAUAGAAAUUGAUAAGAGUUUGAGUUUACACAGAGUGUAAAAUGCAUUUGCCUAGAUAAUGACUGAUCAUUUAUGACCAGAAAAACCCAUGACAGAUAAUUUCCCUCUGUCCUGUAGUUUAAUUUUAGCCUUUUCCCAGGUGCAUUAUUGAGAGAAACAGUGGUACAAAAUCUGCAGUGCAACAAAUGUUUCUUUGGAGGUGUUAUUGCUAAGUUAAGUGGAAAGCAUACUAUCUAUCAUAUAUAUGAAAAACAACAUUAAUUUUAUUAAUUUCCAGACAUUUACUUGUUAAUGCAUCAUAUGCAAACACUCACAGUUGUUUUCAGACUCUUGUAUGUAUAUUUAAUUUCUUCAUUCCUGUUGUUAAUUUACAGUAUGUUAUACAAGAAAAGAGAUGGAGCAUUAGGCCAUAUACCUUCAGUGAAGGACCAUAUUAUUUUAUUAUAACAGCUUCCUUUUUAAGCUAUUUAUUUUUGUAAAGUUUUUACCUUGGACAUGUAAUUAACAUGGCAGAUGCUGCUGUCUUUGAGAUUUUUUGUCUAUGAAAAUGGUCAAAUAAACACAUUUAUGUCAA